UGUUCUUCACUUGUUCGUUUUCAAUGUAUAAUAAGUGCAUCGAUCCAAAGUAGUCAUAUUACUACGUUCGCCUAAAUUAGAACAUCAUUAUCUUCAAACUCUCUCUCUCUUUUUCUUCAUCCUAUUUCAGGAAUCAGUUUAAGUUUUGUUUCCUUUUUUGAUUGUUUCCUUGGUAAAGACUUUUGAAGCUCAAUUUCUGUUCUGGGAAAUAAAAACCUUGGUUCACUUGUGUAGUAAAGAUCCUUGUCUCAAAUCAAGGUUCAAGAAUCUGUAUAAGAAAACAAGCAGAGAUGAUAGAGAUGAUGAAUCCCCGAAGAAACAAAUUCGUAAGGUUGAAGAAAAAUGAUGCGUAUUCUACCGACAACACUAGUACUAGACCAUCAGUAACUUCAGUCAUGAGAACCGUUAGACGAAGCUUCGAAAAGGGCUCAGAGAAAAUCAGAAACUUUAAGCAGCCGUUGAGCUUUCGUCUUCGUCCACGGAAGAAUAAUAAAGAAAACAAGAAGAAGAUACUAAUAAGAGUGAUGAAUCCAAACGACUCUUAUCUUCAAAACUGGAACAAGAUCUUCUUGCUUCUCUCUGUUGUUGCUUUAGCCUUUGAUCCUCUGUUUUUCUAUAUCCCCGUGGUGAAUCCCGACAAAUUCUGUCUUAGCCUAGACGAUAAACUCCAGACAAUCGCUUGCGUUUUCCGCACUUUCAUCGACGCUUUCUAUGUUGUUCACAUGCUGUUUCAGUUUCAUACAGGUUUCAUCACUCCUGCUUCUCGUGGUUUCGGUAGAGGAGAGCUUAAUGUGAAUUCUAAAGAUAUCGCCUUAAGAUACCUCCGCUCAUACUUCUUAAUCGAUCUUCUUUCGAUCCUGCCUAUUCCGCAGAUAGUUGUUCUAGCUAUCGUUCCAAAGGUGGCACGACCAUCCUCGCUGGUAGCAAAAGAGAUGUUGAAAUGGGUAAUAUUUUGCCAAUAUAUUCCGAGGAUAGCACGGAUCUAUCCGCUUUCGAAAGAAGUAACAAGAACUUCUGGUUUGGUUACUGAAACUGCUUGGGCUGGGGCUGCGUUAAACCUAUUCCUCUACAUGUUAGCUAGCCAUGUGUUUGGGUCUUUUUGGUACUUGAUUUCGAUAGAAAGAAAAGAUAGAUGUUGGCGUGAAGCGUGUAAAGAGAAAGAGAGAGAGGGAUGCAUUCAUGCAUUAUUAUACUGUAAACCAACAGGGGAAAACAAUCAUCUGUUUUUAAACGGUUCAUGUAACGUGAUCGAUCCAGAAGAAAUAAAAGACCCGACCAUUUUCAACUUUGGUAUAUUCGCUGAUGCGUUGCAGUCUAGAAUUGUGGAGACAAGAGAUUUCCCCAAGAAGUUUUCCUAUUGUUUCUGGUGGGGUCUCCGCAAUCUUAGUGCUUUGGGACAAAACUUGAAGACGAGUACCUUUGAAGGGGAGAUCAUUUUUGCCAUUAUCAUUUGUGUCUCUGGACUAGUCUUGUUUGCUCUACUCAUUGGAAAUAUGCAGAAAUAUUUGCAAUCAACUACGGUAAGAGUUGAGGAAAUGAGAGUAAAAAGGAGAGAUGCAGAGCAAUGGAUGUCUCAUCGUAUGUUGCCAGACGAUCUGAAAGAUCGUAUCCGUAAAUACGAGCAGUAUAAAUGGCAAGAGACCAAAGGUGUUGAGGAAGAAGCUCUUCUCUCUAGUCUCCCAAAAGAUCUCAGAAAGGACAUUAAACGCCAUCUUUGUCUCAAAUUGCUCAAAAAGGUAUCUUGGUUUCAAGCUAUGGACGAUCGAUUACUAGAUGCUUUAUGUGAUCGUCUCAAAACGGUUCUUUACACAGAGAACAGUUACAUCGUGCGUGAAGGUGAACCAGUGGAAGAUAUGUUGUUUAUAAUGAGAGGAAAUCUAAUAAGCGCGACGACUUAUGGUGGCAGAACUGGUUUUUUCAAUUCGGUUACCUUAGUUGCUGGUGAUUUCUGUGGAGAUCUUCUCACUUGGGCAUUAGAUCCUCUCAGUUCCCACUUACCUAUCUCUAGUAGAACCGUUCAAGCUAAGACAGAAGUCGAAGGCUUUGUUCUCUCAGCUGAUGAUCUCAAGUUUGUCGCUACUCAGUAUCGUCGCCUCCAUAGCAAGCAAAUCCGACAAAUGUUCAGGUAUUAUUCGGUGCAAUGGCAGACAUGGGCAGCGUGUUUUAUACAAGCAGCAUGGAAAAGACAUUGUAGAAGGAAGCUCUCAAAGGCUUUACGUGAAGAAGAAGGCAAGCUACAUAACACUUUACAGAACGAUGCUGAUUCAGGAUGUGGCAAUAAACUUAACUUAGGUGCUGCAAUUUAUGCGUCGAGAUUUGCUUCUCAUGCUCUGAGGAACCUAAGGGCAAAUGCAGCAGCACGCAAUUCUAGAUUUCCUCAUAUGCUAUCUUUGUUGCCUCAGAAACCAGCCGAUCCUGAGUUUCCUAUGGAUGAAAGCUAAUUGGAUUAACAUAUAGAAUAGGCCAAAGAGCUCUAUGCAAUGUGAUCGCGCUAGUGAUGCUUUAUACAAUUACGUAACUGUGUUUGUAUAAAAUCGUCAGUAAAAAUUUUCUUAUACUUAUUGUAUCUGUUGGGGGACAAUGAUGCUUUGAAUCAAACUAUAACAAUGUUGAUACAUCAAA